CUGUGGCUCCAUGAAAACGAAGCUAGGUGCAACAAAGAGUAAUUUAUUAAGUUGUAGUAUCCAUUUCAACGAUUUCCAAAUCACGUCACUGCACAAAUAAUUGUGCGUAAUAAUUAUAUACAGUUUUAGUUGACAAACAAAUAAAAUUAAAAAAAACGCACUGCCUUAUGUUUUACAAUUGCGUAUACAUCAUUUUAUGCAAAAGCAAAACUUUGCCAAGUUAAAGCCUUUAAGGAAGUUUUAUUCCAACGAAAAAUAAAUAAUUUUUUCUGGCAGCUGCAACCCUCUUUAACUGUUUGGUAUACGAAUAAUAUUUAUAUUGUAAAGAAUUUCAGCUUGGAGUCCAUUUUAAGUAUUGGUGCUCUCAGAUUUAUAUUGUUGGAUUUAAUACUUUUGCUGAUUUCUAAUAAAUAAAUAAAAUAUAAUUUUAAUGACAUUUUUUCUGCAUUUAAAGUGAAAAAGUAUUGAGAAAGUGCAAUUUAACAGAAACCUAAACUUAAACUUAAAACUAUAUAUAGAUAUUAUUUGCCAUUUCAUUUAAUAAGUGUGUAUCCCAAAAAAAAAAAACAAUUUCCCACUAACAUCAAAUUAUUGUUUUAGGUACAUAUGUAUAUAACCAUUUAAUAUUUCAGACGAUUUCGCAUUGACAAUUGGAUUAAACGUGAAAAUACAUUUUGCAUUCGAAAACGGCAUUUAAAAACGAUAUGAUGAACACAUCUCACCCGCAAGCGUCGGGGGCGCUAGAAAAGAAUAGUCAGUUCCAAAACCAGGAACACAAAUCCAUCUCCGAGGUGAAGGUUGAACAUCAGCUUACCUUCGCAAAAAAUGCUCUAAAAACGCAGAUUCAAAUAAAGGAACAAUUGCGACACCAUCAGCAAUCAUCGAUGUAUGGGACAACAGUAUCCAACUCUUCGACUGCUGCACCAGUUCGUGGAAUAUUUCAAAAUGAGUCGGCGAAGAGGCUCGAAUACCCGUUGGAGGUUAAAUCAGUUCAUAACCAUAUAAACUUGAUCCCAGCUCAGUCACAACUAUCGAAAAUCCAACCACCGAUAAGUAAGUCACCCAUAGGCUUGAAUGCCUCUUACACCAACUAUCCAAACACCAAUGGCAGCAUGGUGUCGAUCAAAAGUGAACAGCAGUUGUGCCAGAUAUACAAUUCGCAGCAACACUCCGAUUACAUAAUCUCCGACUAUAUGGAUAAAAUAGCGACACGGAUCAGUUUACUCGAAACAGAGUUGAAGUUUGCAUGGCGUGCAUUGGACUUGCUUUCUACUGAGUACGGAAAAAUUUGGAUUCGUUUGGAGAAGCUUGAAAACAUAUCAAUAGAGCAGCAGUCUGUGGUUAGUAAUCUUAUGGACCUAAUCGGAACAGCGAACCAAGAACAGCAGCAGGACAAUAUCGAAGGAAUGGAAUUCCCCUCAUUUCAGGAUGAAGAUCAGUUGCUACCAUUGGACUUGGAAGACACCAUGGGUGUAGACAUAGUCUUGGGAUGUGAACCACCUGAUCCAGACUAUGAUAAAGAAUUAUGUUUUGGAGAUCUUGAUCACACUGUAGUGGCACAGUGCGAUCCCGAUGUAUUUUCGAAUUCAGCUUGUGCACUAGACUCUCACAUCUCCUGCAAUCCUUACUUCAAUUUUGAAAAUGACCAAGGCUUGGACUCGGACAAAACCGAUGAAUCUACUUCUAAGGGAUUUCAAUUGGAUAUUGAAGCUUCACGUAAGGACUCGAGAACACAACUUUAUUCAGAUUCUGACCUUAUGCUGUAUCAGAAGCAGCAAUUUCUGGCAAACAACGCACGUGCCGAACUAAUGAAGGAGUUUAUAAACGGACGACGAGUGUUAAAUGAGAUUUCAGCAUCCUCGGGUGUGUCAUCAAAAGGUUCCAGGAAAUGUACCAACAUCUCACAGCCAAGAGAGGGACUUCAAUAUGACCAAUCUUAUGUUGAAUUAGAUGAUGAUCCCAUAAGACAGUCAAGCAACGCUUGCGAUGAACUAGAUAACCUUAUUGAAGAUGUUAAGUUUUUUCGUUUAGCAGCCUCUAAAACCGGUGAGGGCGGAAUCCAAGUACUACCCAUUGAAGAUACUGGGGGAACGGAGCUUUUAGCUAAUGCCAAUGAAAUGAACGAAUCUUUCUACAAAAAACUCAAUGAGGCAUAUCGCGACAAUGACUUGAGUUCUGAAAUAUUUAAGGUGGAUGCAUUGCUGUAUCAGUCUGAGGCUAACCACGAAAAAAUUGGAUUAGUUAAUGGUCGCCCAGCUUCCUCCUUAGUCUUAAGAAAACCAGAGGAGAAGGAUAAUUUAGAUAUGCAGUCCUUAGACACUGCAAAAACUAGCCUUGUAAUUCGAACAAACAACAUUUUAAGCAAGGAGUCGAGAAGGCAGCGAAAAAAAAAGCAUCAUACAAACGAAAUGGACAUGAUAAAUAAACUAAAGUGUAUCCUUGCACAAGCACAAUCAUCGCGUAUUAUUAAUGGUGAUUCUGAAGAAUUGAAUACUGAACUGUUGGGGAUGCAUACCGGUAGUAAACGAAUUGAACUUGGAGCCGACAAGAUUCAGAAUGGGUUAGACAAUCAAAGUUCAACAAAUAAUAUCAACUAUUUGAGUGACGACAUCCGAAUAAUUUUAGAUAACAUAACAGAGACUUUAAUAGAGGAAAUAAAUAAAAUUCCAGGCUUGCAAUCUUUAAGUGCAUCACAAAUUAGUCAGUUGCGCAAGACAGUAUGGUCAGAAAAUAAGUUUUUUCAAAAACUCAGCCAAGUUGAUAAAAAAUUGACUCUGCUUUUACUAAACCCGAUAACAGUAACUGAGGAACUGCGAAGACAUAGUAUUACAAAUACCAAUGAAAAGUUUAUUUUGGUUAUGAAAAAGUUUAAUAAAAAUAUCGACACUCUAAAAAAACUAGUUGGCAGCUCAUUGGACGAUUUUAAAAUAGACAAACCUCGCACAAAUACCACCUCAACUCACAGCGUCAAUCCUGAUCAUACAUCGAAAAUAAAUGUUUGCAGUUUUAGCACUCAUUUAUUAAGAAACAAUUCAGACCUGGAUGAACAACUGAAGAUUCUCGAAACGCAAGAGAUUGAAAUAAACCGAAAACAAAAAAUAGAUCAAAUUGUUAGCGGACUUUCUGGGAACGUAGACAACGCUUUUAACACAAAUAUAGAAUAUGAAAGCAAUUACAGUUAUGCACACUCAACAGAUGAGUUUAAGAGUUCGAAAAAAAAUAUUUAUAAUGAAGAUGAGUACAUAAAGUCUUUAAAGAAAAGUCUGGAACGCCACAACAGCAUGAUUUUUCUCCUCCAUUUGCAAAAUCCUGAAAAACACAAAGUUUCUGCUGAACUGAAUGAUCCACUAAUAGAUUCAAAUCGAGCCAGUCUCAGUCCACCACCACCAGCUCCCAACGAUAUUCUUAACUUUAAUGAGACCGCGAAUCAAUUCAGUGGUGAAAUAGACUCACAUCAGCAAAAGAAUACAAAAUCAGAUUCUGGAUUAUCGUCUAUGAGCGGUUGGUCACUAAAUUCCCCAGUGACAGUGGGAAUUCCAAAUUUAUUCUGUAACGAAAUUAUCGAAAAAAGUAGAGAUCAAUUACAAGCAUAUCCAUCAUUGCCUUUAGCUGGAAGUUCAAACUUGAAUAACAUUCCGGUCGGCUAUGAUACAAAUAAUACUAUCAAACAAAAUGAUUAUGUAAUAUCGGAAGAAAACUUAAACUACAUUCACGAGCUUUCUAAGAACUUACCAAUUUGCUCCGCCUAUGAAAAUAAAUCUAUUUUCGACAUAAAUUCCGACGCAAAUAACAUAGGAAAAAUUUCAACUGUAGACGAAAUGCUGGAAUGGGAUCAUCUCAAUCAGAAGGAUACAAAAAAUCUUUCCACCCGUAUGCCCGACCUGUUGACUGCUGAAAUACAAAAAUCAACUUUAAAGCAACAAAAAAAAAGAUGUUUAAAUGUUAAUCUAAGAAAUGUCGAAAAAGCAGAAGAUGGAAACAUAUCAAGAUAUAGUCAUAAAGAGUCGACUAUGGAGUACGAAAAAACAGUGAAUCAAUCUAGCAGGCGUUGUUUAACAGAUAGACUAGUGUUCUAUCCGUCUUCCAACUCUAUUACAGAUUACAAUAGCAGCAAUAAUUUGGAUUAUUUGGGUCAACAAAACCAAAUAAUGUUUACUAGGGAAUCCGGGUCUAAGCCAGCUCAUAAUACUAAUACCUAUUCUCAAGCGCAGGUCCAAAUUAUUGUUGCCCCGACCAGCUCAAGUCAAUCGGAAUUAGGUUUUAAAUCUGUAUCUUUGUUGAGCUCUGCUGAGUCUUCGAGCAGUACAGAUAAACAUCAACGCCUUGAUCCCGAACUCGCACCCCUUAAAACCCCAAAGGUCUGGAAUAAGCUAAAUACCCUCCUAACAGAUAAUCUAAAGCUUAAGCGUAUAUCCAAGUUCAAUCGAUCACAGUCAUUACCCGGUGAUGUACAAAGUCAAGGCAAUCAGAGACAGCCCCGUGGCCAGGCGGGUUCGUGUCCGUUUAUUUCUCACAAGCGGUCUAAUGUAAGCGGAAGCCAGGUUCAGCUAUCAAAAAGAAUUCAAAAGCUACCGAUGCGUCUGAUACGAAGAGCGACAGGAGCCCCAUUCGUGCGACGGUUGUCUCACCCCGACUCUGCUGUCUCAUCAGAUUCCGCUGCCAACGAAUUUUCAGAAAGAGGUGUACCAAAAAAGUCACUUUCAUCUAAGAUGAAUAAUCUAAUGCAAAAGGCGAAGACUUACAAACGGCAUAGCUUUGUUCUGCGCCGCGGCUGUAACAUGUCGGAUAUUGAAAUAGAUAUGCCGGGCUUUACGUCAUCGGAUAACGAUAAAACCCCUGCAUUCGAAAGUGAAAUUGCAAUGAAUCCAUACGAGGUUGAUGCAGAUGAAGAGGCCUGUGCCUAUGAACAGAAAUUAGACGGUUCAACGAAUGAGUUGAAUGAGAGUCUGUCAAACAAUGUGUUUGCUGUCGUAGGAGACUUUAAAAAGAUUCAAAACACCAUACCACUGGCUGUCUCAAAUGCAUACAAUUAUACUGAGUUUGCAAAUAGUAAUGAAAUUGGCAAUGUGAAAACCGUGCCCAUUAAGAUGCCAGAGAUACUCUUGGAAACUUCAUCACAGGCGUGCCUUCAGAAACUCAACUCAGUUUAUAUGGACGAUGUCGACGAUGAUGAGAACAUUCUCGGAAAUUCGGUCAAUGUUGAUGUAAAUGUUCCCACCCUCAGUAUACCCAAACUAAGUGAAGAAGUUGGGGACACAACAAUAAAUACAUUCCAAACAAUGACAACAACAACAACCGGCAGUCGUAGCCUUAAUAGCAGUGGCGUCUUGUGGGUGGCUCAGCAGUGCUUAGACCUUCCGAAUAAUCCUGGCUAUGGGUCGCGGGAAGAUGAGGACAAUCGGAGUCAGCAUUCUGCUCGCACCCUCUCUUCUUCCCGUCGACAAAGCACUGAGGAUAGCAUCGACACGGAUGAUGAAUACUUUUACUAUGAGCUUCGCCAGUUAGAGGAACAGGAACAGCAACGGACAGAACACUCCAGAAUUGUGCCUUGCGAACAAAGUGAAGACAAUGAAGUUCUGUUUUCACAAAUAGGACAACUUCUUGAAGACGAUAUUAACGGGGGAGAAUAUACGCGGCAAUCUGUUGGUAAAGAUGCUCAAGACACCAUUAAUUAUUCUCCGAGUGAAAGUGUAAAGUUACGGAUGUCUCUAGUAUUUGGUGAACUCAAACGCGUCGUUAAUUUACAGUCAGACGUACAUGACGACAGUAAGAUAUGUACAGCUUCUGAUGCUACUGUUGAAGAGUUUGCUAUCGUAAAGCCGACAGGUGAGAAAUAUGCCACAGUUUUUGACAUGCAUAGCGCUUGGCAGGAUGUUAACUGCGAUCUUCAAAACACUGCGUCGGAAGUGGAUUCUAAUGACGAGGCCGAGAUGGAGAAUAGAAGCGGAGGGACUCUCCAUCAUUUAAAUAAUAAGCAACGAAAACUGCGACGAUUAAAGAAAAAAACACGCGAUCGGAAUGUAAAUAUGUCUAACAAUGCAGCCAGUUCAAGUUCAUCUUGCCAUUCUGAAAAUGAAUGUGAGCAGGAGCAACAUAAUUCACUUUUUGACCAAUGUAUUCCAAAAUCGGACGCAGAAAAAGAAGAAAAUUACAUAACAAUCAAAUCCACAGCAUCAAGCGAAACAUCUGGACCCGAUACGCCAGCAGAGAUGAGCGAUGUUGAAAUGAGCGAUAAUAAUGUUGGUCAUACAGUAGAUAAUAACACAAUCGAUCCAGAUAUUCUUUUAAAAGUGGAUCAAGGGUCAAUACUACAAUCUAAUGAAGAAGACCAGCCUUUGGAAAAGUCUCAGGGUAGUACUUUCUCAUUGGAGAUUAUCACAAACGGUACAGUUCUAUCUCAGAGCCCUAUUGACUUAAAAAAGUUUGUAAGUCAAGAAUCAGAAGCAGAUGGAUGCCAGGUAAUGGGGAGUAAUGGUGCCGCAGCGGGUUUUGGUAGCAGCAAGUGGAAGUUGUUAAAAACUUUGAAAGAACGCAAGAUCGAAGAAAAAAAUAAUCAAGAUAAACUUAAAGAAGAUGAAAUGACCAAGGACAGGGAAAAGAAUGGCGGUGGUACUGGAGAAGUUGGAUUACGUUCCAAUGGACACCCCGGAGAUAACCCUUUCUAUAGCAAUAUUGACAGUAUGCCGGACAUACGACCUCGUAGAAAAUCCAUUCCCCUUGUGUCUGAACUGGUUCUCAAGACAAUGGCCGCUACAAAACGAAAUGCUGGACUUACCUCCGCUGUUCCUCGUGCAACGCUUAAUGAUGAAGAACUGAAAAUGCACGUAUACAAAAAAGCUCUACAGGCUCUGAUCUACCCUAUAUCUUCGACAACGCCACACAACUUUUUAUUAUGGACAGCAACUUCACCAACGUACUGCUACGAGUGCGAAGGUCUGCUGUGGGGAAUAGCACGGCAAGGAGUGCGAUGCACUGAGUGCGGUGUAAAGUGUCAUGAAAAGUGUAAGGACCUGUUAAAUGCUGACUGUCUUCAGCGUGCUGCUGAGAAGAGCUCAAAACACGGUGCCGAGGAUAAGGCAAAUUCGAUCAUUACAGCCAUGAAAGAGCGAAUGAAGCAGCGAGAGCGAGAGAAACCAGAGAUUUUUGAGUUGAUUAGGAUGACAUUCGGUGUGGAUCCCGAUACUCACAUAGAUUCAUUAGAACAGGCUGAGCACGCAACUGUUGAGGGAACAUCUAAGUGGUCAUGCAAACUAACAAUUACAGUGAUUUGUGCUCAAGGCCUGAUAGCGAAGGAUAAAAGCGGUACCAGUGAUCCAUAUGUGACGGUGCAGGUUAGCAAGGUGAAAAAGCGAACGCGAACUAUGCCACAGGAACUUAACCCUGUGUGGAACGAGAAGUUUCACUUCGAGUGCCACAACUCCUCAGACCGUAUAAAAGUACGAGUUUGGGACGAAGACAACGAUCUUAAGUCGAAGCUUCGGCAAAAAUUAACUCGAGAGUCAGAUGACUUUUUGGGCCAAACAAUUAUUGAGGUGCGUACGCUUUCCGGUGAAAUGGAUGUGUGGUACAACUUGGAGAAGCGCACAGACAAAUCGGCCGUAUCAGGUGCGAUACGGCUUCACAUAUCCGUUGAAAUAAAAGGCGAGGAAAAGGUAGCUCCUUAUCAUGUUCAAUAUACAUGCUUGCACGAGAAUCUGUUUCAUUAUCUUUGUGAAGAAAAUAUCGGAAUGGUUAAACUGCCAACUCAGAAAGGUGACGAUGCUUGGAAACUGUAUUUUGAUGAAAUUCCCGAGGAGAUUGUUGAUGAGUUUUCAAUGCGGUAUGGAAUUGAGAAUAUCUAUCAGGCAAUGACGCACUUCCAUUGCUUAUCUGCCAAAUACCUUUGCCCCGGAGUACCAGCCGUAAUGAGCACACUGUUGGCCAACAUAAAUGCAUAUUAUGCUCAUACGACUGCUUCUUCAGCUGUGUCGGCCAGUGAUCGUUUUGCGGCCAGCAAUUUUGGGAAAGAGAAAUUUGUGAAACUGCUGGACCAAUUGCACAACUCACUGAGAAUCGAUUUGUCAAUGUACAGAAACAACUUUCCUGCAUCGAGCCCAGAAAAAUUAAUGGAUCUAAAGUCGACAGUCGAUUUAUUGACCAGCAUAACGUUUUUCCGCAUGAAGGUACAAGAGCUAUCUAGUCCCCCGAGAGCGAGCACAGUGGUUAAGGACUGUGUUAAAGCUUGCCUGAGGUCCACUUAUCAGUUCUUAUUUGAGAACUGCUAUGAACUCUACAACAGAGAAUUUCAGGUUGAUCCCAACGAAGCCAAGCGUGCACCGGAUGAUCAUGAACCCAAAUUGGAUAGCGUUGACUUCUGGCAUAAGCUAAUAGCUUUAAUCGUGUCGGUUAUUGAUGAAGACAAGAACAGCUAUGGUACAGUUUUGAACCAGUUUCCUCAGGAACUAAAUAUUGGACAGUUAUCAGCAUCCUCAAUGUGGCAUCUUUUUGCUGUCGAUAUGAAGUAUGCACUUGAAGAACACGAACAACAUCGUCUAUGCAAGUCAUCGGCUUAUAUGAAUCUUCACUUUCGAGUUAAAUGGUUAUAUAGUAACUAUGUUAAAGAAGUGCCUCCUUACAAAGGAGCGGUUCCCGAUUAUCCAGCUUGGUUCGAGCCUUUUGUAAUGCAGUGGCUAAAUGAGAACGACGAUGUUUCAUUGGAAUAUCUUCACGGCGCAUUUAAACGAGACAAAAAAGACGGGUUUCAAAAGAGCAGCGAGCACGCGCUUUUUUCAAAUUCGGUAGUCGACGUAUUUACGCAAUUGACGCAAUGUUUCGAUGUUGUUAGCAAACUCGAGUGUCCUGAUCCAGAAAUUUGGAAACGUUACAUGAGGCGUUUUGCUAAAACAAUCGUAAAAGUGCUAAUAGCUUAUGCGGAUAUUGUGAAAGUAGAGUUUCCAGAUCAUAUGAAGGAUGAAAGAAUUGCUUGCAUACUUAUGAAUAACAUUCAACAACUAAGGGUGCAGUUGGAACGAAUGUUUGAGUCUAUGGGAGGGGAUAAGCUAGAAGAAGACGCAGCCAACAUUUUAAAGGAACUUCAACAAAAUCUUAAUUCAGCGUUGGACGAUUUGGCUUCACAAUUCGCUAUCAGCUUGGAGCCGCGAAUAACUCAGUCUGUGCGAGAACUAGGGGACAUGCUACUUUCCAUCAAAGGAGGCAGUGGGACUCUGGCCGCUGGUAACCUAGCAGCUCAAAGGAACGCGGUUGCCGUUGAGGCCGAUGAAGUUUUAAGACCGCUCAUGGAUCUGCUCGACGGUUCUUUAACGCUCUAUGCACAGUCAUGUGAGAAAACUGUACUGAAGAGAUUACUAAAGGAGCUUUGGAAAAUCGUGAUGCGAAUCUUAGAGAAAACCAUUGUUCUACCACCAAUGACUGAUAAAACUAUGAUGUUUAAGCACCUUACCGACAACGCUAAAAACUUAGCAUCUAAUGCAAAAAUUGAAGACAUGGGUCGAUUGUUUAAAUCACAUAUGGCAGGAAAGCAGGAUGUUAAAAGUGCGCUUAGCGGUGUAAUGGACAUAUCAAAGGAAGUCGAAAAGAAUUUGUCGCCCAAACAGUGUGCCGUGCUUGACGUUGCCUUAGAUACAAUAAAACAAUAUUUCCACGCCGGUGGCAAUGGACUGAAAAAGACGUUUCUUGAAAAAUCGUCAGAACUGCAAAGUUUACGUUACGCACUCAGUUUAUAUACACAAAUGACGGACACACUAAUCAAAACAUUUAUAUCUAGUCAAGUUCACGAGGUUGAUCCUGAAAAUGCUGAGGAGAGUGUCGGCGAAAUUUCCGUGCAAAUAGACUUAUUCUCCCAUCCAGGCACCGGUGAACAUAAAGUGAACGUAAAAGUUGUUGCUGCUAAUGAUCUUAAAUGGCAAAUACCGUCGGGUAUGUUUCGACCAUUUGUUGACAUCAAUUUAAUCGGACCGCACCUGCAAGAAAAAAAACGAAAGUUCGCUACAAAGUCGAAGUCAAACAAUUGGUCACCAAAGUACAACGAGUCUUUCAGCUUUACUAUUGGAAACGAGGAGCAGCUAGAUUUUUUUGAGUUGCAUAUUUGCGUUAAGGAUUAUUGUUUUGCUCGGGAUGAUAGACUCGUAGGAGUAGCUGUAAUCCCACUAAAAGAUAUUUCGGAAAAGGGUUCUGUCGCAUGCUGGUUACCCCUAAUGAGACGUAUUGAAAUGGACGAGACGGGUUGGACAAUUUUAAGGAUUUUAUCACAACGUAAUAAUGAUGAAGUAGCCAAGGAAUUUGUCAAGCUGAAAUCGGAAAUACGGCAGGAGCCGACGAUGGGCACAUAAGUCUUGCUUCCCGUUCUACAGAAUCUACAAAUCUUCACCUAUUACAUAAUAAUACUUAUAUUACUUUGACAAAAUAGCAUUAUUUUUUUAUUUUCCUAUUUUUCAUAUAACAAGUAUUCCUAGGAAACAUUCUCAUAUAGAAUUCAUACAUAAAAUAUGCAAUAAAAUAUAUAAAUAUAUCUCGAAA